CCUGGUUUGUCCCGGUGUCCGGUAGACCCGGUGGUGCUGAGCUCCGGGGGGAUCCCGGCUUUCGGGGUGAUUCCAGGAUCUGAGAGGAUCCCGGGAUAGCCCCGUGAUCCGGAGGGCUCCCGGGGAUGUUCCGUGCCCCGGGAUGGUCCCGGGCUCCGUGGGCUUCCCGGGACGGCACCGCACCGAUGCGGGAACCCGCGGGCGCUGCCCCGCUGCCGUUAACGAUUCCCCGCAAGAGCGAAGCCCCGGGACACAUCCCGGGACACCGCCCGCGGCCCGGCGGGCUCCAGGCGGCAGCAGCGGGACGAGCCCGUGAGAGGACGGGGCGGAGCCGCUCCGGCAUCCCGGUAGCGCCCGGAGGCCCAGCGUUAUCACCGCGAUCUGCCCCGGGAUCCGCAAAUUAAUUAUUAACAGCGCCCGGAGGGAAAGGCCAAGGUCAGGACAAACGUCUCCGGCUCGCGUCCUACUCCCCAUCCCGGUACCGGCACCGGUGCCACCGGGCAGGAUGUGGCUGUACGCGGCGGCCGCGCUGCUGGCGCUGCUCCUGCUGCGCCGCUGGCACCGGGAGCGGCAGACGGUGCCGCGGCUCUCGGAGAAGCACGUGCUGAUCACGGGCUGCGACAGCGGCUUCGGGAAGCUCCUGGCGCGGCAGCUGGACCGGCGCGGGCUGCGGGUGCUGGCCGCCUGCCUGACGGAGAGCGGCGCCGCGCAGCUGCGGGCCGGCACCUCCGAGCGGCUGCAGACCGUGCUGCUGGAUGUCACCUGCAGCGAGAGCAUCGCCCGUGUCACCGCCUGGGUGCGGGAGCGCGUGGGGGACCAAGGGCUCUGGGGGCUGGUGAACAACGCAGGCAUCGCCAUCCCCACCGCCCCCAACGAGUGGCUGAGCAAGGAGGACUUUAUGAAGGUGCUGGAUGUCAACCUGGUGGGGCUGGUGGAGGUGACGCUGAGCCUGCUGCCGCUGGUGCGGCGGGCGCGGGGCCGCGUGGUCAACGUGUCCAGCGUGAUGGGCCGCCUGUCCUUCUUUGGUGGAGGCUACUGCAUCUCCAAGUACGGCGUGGAAGCCUUCUCUGACAGCCUCAGGAUCGAGAUGCACAACUUCGGGGUGAAGGUCAGUGUGAUCGAGCCGGGCUACUUCAAAACCAUGAUCACCAACGUUGAGAACCUGGGGAAUAAUUUUCAGGCCUGCUGGGAGAAGCUUCCUGCAGAAAUCAAAGAGAGUUAUGGGGAGAGUUACUUGAGGGACUUUGUUUCCCUGCUCAAGCUGAUGCAGAAGGGCUACAACAGCGACCUGUCCCUGGUCACCAACUGCAUGGAGCACGCUCUGACCAGCCUGCACCCCCGUAGCCGCUAUUCCGCCGGCUGGGACGCCAAGCUGCUCUACCUGCCCCUCAGCUACCUGCCCUCAGCCCUCACCGACGCCCUGUUCACCACGCUCUACCCCAAAUCUGCUGGGAAAGCCUGAGGCGGGCUUGCAGCUGGCAGCCAGAUCAGAGUGAGACCCAAUAACGCACAGCUGGAUCCAGAAUUGGCUGCCACACUGAAUUUGUAACUGCAUUUAUGACUGACCCUCUGUGCCCUGCUCAUAGAUGGGUUUGUCCUGAAUAAAUUUUGUCCUGUCCCCUCCUGGCUGAGCGUGGUGUCACUCAGGCUGUG